CGGUCAUCGUCUUCAUCGUCAUCGUGCUUGGUUGGUCCCGCGUUGGAUUUGGUCUAGGGAAAAUUCCCAUCUGCCGGUUUCUCGGCGCGCCGCAAGCAGGAUUUGUCGCUUGGCGGCGGCGAAUCCGGUGGUGCUCCGGGGUGCGCGAAUAGAAACUUUCGAUUACUGUCUUGCCCACGUGCUGUGUGAUUAUCGGGACGGCCGCGUGCGCGAGUGUUGACCGGUUGUUUUAUUACAGAGCUUCAGUCGCGGUGUGAGGCGCGCAGCAUUGCAGGCCGAGCCAGCGAGGAAGAAAUAAUAAAUAAGUGAACUGCAAAAUUGCACAAUACCCAAAGGGGCCCAAACCAUUCUGCAAACAUUUGUCAACCUCUCAACUCGAUCGUAUAAACGGCGCGAGGAUCAAGCGCUACUCGAUUAGUACGCGAAACGUGCGAAUUAUUGACAAUAGUGAAAGAAUGUCGCCAUCGCCUCCCAGACGCAGUCUCGGCAGGAGCCGAAGCAGCAGUAGUAGCAGUGGCCACCGCCGCAGCAACCCUCGGACGACCUCGGCCACCGACCGUGGGGUGGGCGGUGGUGUUAUGCUAAUCGCAUCAAUUUUGAUAAUAUCAGUACACUACGGCCAUGCACAAGAUUUUGGAUACGAUGGCGCAAAGGGACCAUCACACUGGGGCGAACAGUACAACUCUUGCACCGGCAAGCACCAGAGCCCGAUCAACAUCAACUCGCUGGACGUGAAGAAGGUCAACCUACCGCCGCUGGUGAUGAAGGGAUUCGACAUCGCUCCGAAGGAAACCAACCUUACCAACAACGGACACACGGUCGUGGUCACGAUGAACUCGGAAGUGACGCCAACGGUUUCCGGUGGCCCCCUGCACGGAGUGUAUGAGUACUCGCAGCUCCACUUCCACUGGGGCGAUAACGAUACGUUCGGGAGCGAGGACAUGAUUGACAAUCAUCGAUUUCCCAUGGAACUGCACAUCGUGUUCUACAAGCAAGAGUACCAAACGGCGCGGACGGCGCUAAACUACCCGGACGGGUUGACCGUGCUAGCGUUUUUCUACGAGAUCGCACCGGAAGACAAUCCGAUGUAUGGCGAGUUCAUCGAGCUGCUGGGCAACGUGACGGGAAGUCAUCUGUCGUCGAGGUUCGAGACGCCACCGUCGCUACGAAGUCUCAUCGCGGAGGAUCUGCUGCAUUACUACACGUACGACGGUUCGCUGACGACGCCACCGUGCAGCGAGGUGGUCACAUGGAUCGAUUUCAAGGAACCUAUACUGUUAUCUCACGCACAGGUUCAAGCAUUUCGAGCCCUGGAGGACGAAGAAGGACACCCGUUGACGCACAAUUUCCGUCCCGUGCAACCGCUCGGUGAUCGUGUGGUGCUCUACAACACGGACGAACUGAUCAAGGAGAUCGAUUUGGACAUGCCGCCGGUGGAAACUGACGAUAUGGACACAAACAAGAUCGAUACACCGCAAGAAACGUCCCCCACGUCGGCGAAAACUCCAACUAAUCACCGGAAGCAGCCCCGAAAUGGGGCAUCUACGGUGGGAAGCCAGUGGACUUCGUUACACGCCACGGUAAUGACGCUGGCGGCGACGAUCGCCGUGCGAGCUAUGACCUAGUGCCGGGACGUUUCUCGCACUCUCUCUCUCACACGCUGGUGCUGAGUGUUGAGUGUUAAAGUGUAAAUAUAGAGUAACACGGGACCAAGUUAUAGCAGAGUAAAUAAGUGAUUCUAGACCGGAAAGGUGCAAAUAUUUAGGUAAACGAAAAGCACAAACCACGUGUGAUGAAACUAGGGAACAUUUUAGAGCUUACUGAAAUCAAAAUA